AGACAGAGUCAGCUGACUUGCUCACGUGACAUCAGCUUCGUGACCACAGAACCGAACCGAGCAGCGCGUGAUGGCGGGCCGCGGGAAGCUGAUCGCCGUGAUCGGUGACGAGGACACGUGCACGGGAUUCCUGCUGGGCGGGAUCGGAGAGCUGAACAAGAACCGGAAGCCGAACUUCUUGGUGGUGGAGAAAGACACGAGCGUGACGGAGAUCGAGGAGACGUUCAAGAGCUUCCUGGCGAGGAACGACAUCGGCAUCAUCCUGAUCAACCAGUUCAUCGCAGAGAUGAUCCGGCACGCCAUCGACGCGCACGUGCAGUCCAUCCCGGCGGUUCUGGAGAUCCCGUCUAAGGAGCAUCCCUACGACGCGUCCAAGGACUCCAUCCUGCGCCGCGCCAAGGGCAUGUUCUCUGCAGAGGACUUCCGAUGAGCUGCCGCCACGCCGGCGUCCUGAUGUCCUUUAGUCGGGUCCAGCCUGCUUCCACUUCCUGUUUGUUAAAUUAUUGUGUUGUGAAGUCUUGAAAUAAAAUGUUGACGGUG